AUGCUACAAGAGAUGGCCGCCAGGAUGACGCUCAAGAGGCUGCUGCCGCCCUCUGCCCGCGCCUUCUCGUCCUCCGCGUCCCGCAAUGCCACCUGGGGCUUCAUCGGGCUCGGCCAGAUGGGCUACCCCAUGGCCAGGAACCUCCGCGCGAAGAUCCCGGCGUCAGACACCCUCCUCAUCUGCGACACCAACGCCGAGUCGACCAAGAACCUGCCUGAGCCCCAGCACGUCAAGAGUGUCUUCCACCUGAUCCUGAAGGACGGCCUGCCCAAGCUGGGCCAGGAACGGCUCUUCGUCGACUGCUCGACCAUCGACCCCAGCUCCUCGCGAGAGGUGGCCGCCGCGGUACAGUCCACCGGCGCCGGCCGCUUCGUCGACGCUCCCAUGUCCGGCGGCGUCGUCGGCGCGACGGCGGGCACGCUGACCUUCAUGCUGGGCGCGCCCGCAGACGUGCCCGGCCUCGUCGAGCGCGCAGAGAAGACGCUGCUCAUGAUGGGCAAGAAGGUCUGGCACCUCGGCGACCAGGGAGCAGGUCUCUCCGGCAAGCUCGCCAACAACUACCUCCUCGCCGUCGCCAACAUCGCGACCGCCGAGGCCAUGAACCUGGGCAUCCGCUGGGGGCUGGAGCCCAAGGUGCUCGGCCAGAUGAUCAACUCGUCCACGGGCAGAUGCUGGUCCAGCGAGGUGAACAACCCGGCGCCCGGCGUCAUCGACGGCUCGCCCUCCUCGAGGGGGUACACCGGCGGAUUCGGCGUCAGUCUCAUGAAGAAGGACCUCCGGCUGGCCGUCGAGGCGGCCAGGGAGGCCGGCACCGCCCUCGAGCUCGCCGACAAGGUCCAGGAAGUGUACGAUGCCACGGAGGAGACGCACCGCGGCAAGGACUUUUCUGUAGUCUAUCAAUAUCUGACCGACAAGUCAAAGUAG